ACUCCCCGCUUCCAUGACCGAACUUUCGCUGGGCACCUGAACGUAAACGAGUGAAAACCUCGCUCGAAUGAACAUCUUGACCUCUUCCAGCUCGCACCUGCGAUACCAUGCCUCAUAGAUCGCCUUCACCAUCAACCUCUGCGAACCCCUCCGAGUCCUCUAAGCGCUUCCAUCAGUCACCCUCCGCCAAGCUAUACAAUGGAAUGACCACACUUCCAUCUUCCUACCCCUCCCUCCGCACUUCUGAGCGCUUCAAGCGUGAUGCGCUGUCUGCUUGCCUUACCUGGCCCCUCGACCGCGUGAACGUACUUGGGGACGACAAUGGGUACCACGUCGGGGGCGGCGAUUGGGAUGCGUACGGGCAUACGGGGUGUGUGAAUGCACUGAGCUGGGCAAGGGACGGAGAACUAUUGUUGAGCGGUGGCGAUGAUCGGACCGUACGUGUCUGGCGGAUGGAUCAGACGAACGACGAUCCGGACCAGCCGUUCCCGUUCACUUGUCGCUCGGUCAUUCGGACAGGCCACCAAGCGAAUAUAUUCAAUAACAAGAUGCUGCCGCAUUCGUCAAGGAUAGUCUCCUGCGCUGGCGACCACCAAGUCCGCGUGUGCGAUGUAGGGGAGGUGCAUUCUUCGCAAGGCUGUACCACAUACAGCACCGCCGAGGCCUGCACUCAUGCCAUUCGCUGCCACAAGGGCGCCGUGAAGCGCAUCAUCACCGAGCAUAGUCCUGAUUUGUUUCUCUCCGUGAGCGAGGAUGGCACAGUCCGCCAGCACGACCUCCGCGCCAAGCACCCCUGCCGCCGCAGAGACGGCCACUGCCCCACGCCCAUCGUCAAAGUCGACUUCGAGCUGAUGUCGAUGUCGCUCUCGCCGCUGACGCCGCACCAACUCAUCGUGGCGGGGGAAUCGGACUAUGGCUACCUCUUUGACCGACGUCACUCGGGGCGCUUCCUUCAAGAGGAAUGGGGCGUUCCGCUCUCUAGCGCAUCUACCGAGUGCCUUACGACCUGCGUGCGCAGGUUCGGGCGCCCGAGGAGGGAGGGGGAGUCGGAGGAUAAUGGGGGUCGUCUGUUGGGAUUGGGAAACCAUAUCACGGGGUGCAAGAUGUCGGCGACCAAUGGGCAUGAAGCGAUAUUCUCUUUCAGCGCAGACGCUGUCUACCUUUACUCGACCCUUGACGAUCCGGCGGAGGCAAACGCUUCGCGCAGGCCGUCCAUCGUGCCUUCGAACGAAGUGAAGGAAAGGAGGGAUAGUGCCGCAUCGGGAUCGAAAAAACGUUCAACGUCAAGAGGGUCCGAAAAGCGCUCGCCAUCAAGAAGUCCCAGAGAACGACCGUCGCAUUGGCCUUCAGACUCCGAUAUGGAGAGGGACAUCGAUGAAUUGACUCAAUCGGACGAGAUGGAUGAGGACGAAGAGCGCAACACGGAUGAGAGUGGGGACCGCAGUGACAGUGACGAGGAGGAGGAGGAGGAAGAAGAUCCGGGCCCCUUCCCCGAUGUACCCACAGUGAUGCCACGACGGCGCUUUGCGGGUGCGAAGAAUAUUCGGACAGUGAAGGAUGUGAAUUACUUGGGACCAAAUGACGAGUUCGUCGUGUCGGGGUCUGACGACGGCAAUCUCUUCAUCUGGCGCAAGGAUGAUGGAAAGCUCGUUGAUAUCCUUGAGGGCGAUGGCGAGGUCGUCAAUGUCAUUGAGGGCCACCCAAAGCUGCCUUUGUUCGCCGUCAGUGGCAUAGACACAACAGUGAAGCUCUUCGCUCCGAAGCCAAAGUCCCGUGGGCCGCCAUUGUUUUCGAAACUGGGCAGCGCAGACAGCAUUCUGGAAGCAAAUUCCCACCAGACACCCCUGCGUAGCCUUGAUGAGUCGAUGCUGCUCAGUCUCGCGAUGCAUGCGCGGAGGGCACUUGGCAGCGACGGCAGCCCGACGCUGGAAUGCACCAACCAAUGAUUUGAGUCAAUUAGUUAUGCUCGUGUACCAUCAUCAGUCGUGCUUUUCGUAGCUAUUCCUUUGUAACUUUGUAUCAGUAGCAAUGCUUUGUCGAUUCGGUGGACC